AUGGACGACUCUGAACACGACGAUGGCGCGACGGCCACGACCUCGACCUACGAGUUGGCCUCUCUCUCACGCGCCGAGCGCCGUCCCAGCCGUUCGGAGGCCUCGCGCCCCUUUGGCUUCCAGGCAUUCACGAGCCUCACGCCCGCCUCGGCUGCGCCGACCACGAUUCCAAUCACUCCCCCCGACACGCCCGGCGUGAGCGACGACGAAUCGCGCGGGGACGUGUUUCUCCAGUCCAAGGACCCCUACGCGCCUGUCGUCGAAGAGUCUCUGCCACCCACCCCGCUCGAACCCGCGUUCAACGGUGCCGGGCCAUUCGACUCUGCCGCGGCCAUCGAGGCCGCCCUCAAGGUCGCGGCGGAAGUGGCGGGUGCGGAUUCGAACGCGGCUUUCGAGAGUGACCCCGAGGACGAGGCUGGUACGGCCCACGGCGGCGAACGCGAGCUUGCUACUCUCCCCCGCGUCGACGGUGGCAGGGAGGCCCUCACGUUCCUUGCCGCUGCGUUCUGUAUCGAAGGUCUUGUCUGGGGCCUGCCAUACUCUGUCGGUGUGUUGCACGAGUACUGGUCAUCGCACCUCUUCCCCGGCGACGCGGCCGAGAGCACCCUCACCCUCGCGUCGACGUUGUCCACGGGUCUCCUCUUCUUCUCUGGUGCGCCGCUGGGACCCCUCUUCACCGCGUUCCCUUGGUACGAGAAGCACUUCCAGGUCGCAGGUCUGGUCAUUGCCGUCGGUGGUCUCAUCGGAUCCGCCUUUGCCACGCAGCCGUGGCACCUCGUCCUCACCUUCGGUAUCCUCUACCCGUGCUCGGCGGCGACGUACAUGCCGUGCGCCACCAACAUCUUUGAAUGGUUCCAGGAACGCCGUGGACUCGCCACCGGCAUCAUGUACGCCGGCACAGGUACCGGCGGUGCGCUGUAUCCCAUCAUCACGACUGCCCUGCUGAACAAGUUUGGAUACAAGGCCACGAUGAUCGCGCUCGCCCUGUCGUUUGCCGUCCUCAACCUCGCCGCUCUGCCCUUUAUCAGGCGUCGUAUCCCGCUCGCAAAGCACCUCAACGGCGCCUCCAAGCGCCGCAUGCGUCCCAAGGUCGACUUUUCGUUCCUCAAGACCCGCGCUGCGUGGAUCGCAUUCACAUUCAUGACCGUGACCAGUUUGGCAAACUUUAUCCCAUUGUUGUGGAUUCCAUCGUACGCGACCGCUAUCAACGCCCAGCGACCCAACGGCGCCGCCCUCGUCUCCGUCAUCAACGGAAUCACGGCAGGCGGCAACGCGCUCAGUGGCUACCUGUCCGACCGUAUCCGGUCGCGCAUCAUCGUCACGCUGUGGACGGUGAUUGCGGGCCUGUCAUGUGUCGUCCUGUGGGGGUUCGGCACCAACGUCGGCGUACUCACGGCCUUUGCCGUCGUGUGGGGUAUCACGGGCGGCAGUCUGGCGGGCUUCUGGGGUAACAUGAUUGCCACCAUUUCCGGUGGCGACCCGACCAUCCCGCCCAUUGCGUUCAGCAUCUUCAUCACGCUCAAGGGAAUCGGGUGCUUUACGUCGGGCCCCGUGUCGACUGCGCUGCUGACGUUUGACGGGUUCCGCGGCGCAGCGGGCGCGUACGGUACCAACUAUGGUAUCCUCUUCAUCUACACUGGUGUCAUGACGUUUGUGGGAGGUAUCGUCCUGGUCGCCUUUCCAGGAUAG